AUGGCAUUUACACAACGCGACGCUUUGGACGAUGGCCCUUACAGGAGUGUCCUCCAGAUAAACCGAAGACAGAAUGCGAUUACAAACCGUGUGAGCGGUUCCCCUGUACCCGUUACCCUAAAGCGGACUGUCUUUUGCCAGUACAAAGGUCGGCAAUAUUUUAUUGGCCAGACAUUCAAAGAGGAUUGUAAGACUUGCAUGUGUGGUUAUGACAACCAAGUGAGGUGUAACCCGGAGAUCUGUGCUACAGAAUGCAUUGUUAGAGGUAAAUCGUACGCUGUCGGAGCCAGAUUCGACGAAGACUGUAACGAGUGCUUAUGUAAUGUUGAUGGUACGACAACCUGUACGGACAGAAUAUGUGAAUGUAAGGCUAAUGGGAGGACGUUUAAGGUCGAUGAGACUUACAUGGAGGAGUGCAGCACGUGCACAUGCCAAGUGGGUGGCUCAUUCUCAUGCGACAACAAACCCUGCCAAUGUGACUACAAAGGCGCCACCUACAAAGUCGGAGAAAGUUUCACUGACGACUGUAACGAUUGUGACUGUAUGACAAACGGUGUUGUACGCUGUGGCCAAAACCCAUGUUCCUGUAGUCGAGCUGGAAGAACGUACAGAAUCGCUGAGCAGUUCGCCGAUGACUGUAACACGUGUACCUGCAAUACCAACGGUCUGAUCACGUGUACGAAUAACCCUUGCAGGUGUACCUUUGAUGGAAGGACGUACCCCAUUGGCGAGAAUUUUCUCAAAGACUGCAACGAAUGUAUUUGUAAUACGAAUGGCCAGGUUACCUGCACAGACAGACCAUGUGGAUGUGACCGACCAAAUGGUCCGAGGCUCAGCAUUGGAGAGACGUAUAAUGUCGAUUGCAAUGAAUGUAUCUGCAAUGCUAAUGGUCAAAUCACCUGUACCAACCGUGCCUGCUCGUGUACCAGGGCUGACGGUCGGUCCAUCCGGAUUGGAGAUUCUUACCCUGAUGACUGUAACACGUGUACCUGUAAUGAGAAUGGCGUUAUUACCUGUACUGAAAACCCAUGCUUUUGUACCCGGGAUAACGGAGCUAGGAUUGAAAUCGGCGGUGUCUACGAUUUUGACUGUAACAAGUGCACGUGCCAGCCCUCAGGGAGAAUUACCUGCACAGACAGUCCAUGCGAAUGUACAGAUAGCGGGAAGAAGUAUAAAAUCGGCGAUUCCUUCAGCAAGGACUGUAACCGCUGUAACUGCCUGACGGGAGGAAUUAUCGGCUGUACAAACAAUAUCUGCUCUUGCACUCGUGAUGACGGCUCUAUUAUCAGAGUGGGACAGUCUUACAAUGUGGACUGUAACAGGUGUAUUUGUAACGCUGACGGCGGUAUCACGUGUUCUAACGAUCCAUGCUUCUGUACCAAACCGGAUGGAGCUCGGAUUGACAUAGGUGGAUCGUACACUGACGACUGUAACACGUGUGCUUGUAACGCUGCCGGAGUCAUUGUGUGCACAACAGACAUCUGCCGUUGUAAUUUUGGCGGUCAGGAAUACAGAAUUGGAGACAGAUUCUCUAACGACUGUAACACGUGUGUCUGUCAGAGGGGAGGCAAUCCCGUCUGUACGCAAAGAGCAUGCUCGUGCACGAGAUCUAACGGUCUGUCCAUCCGGAUUGGAGAAUCUUACCCUGAUGACUGUAACACGUGCACCUGUAAUGAGAAUGGCGCCAUCACCUGUACUGACAGACCGUGCUCCUGCACACGACCUAACGGUGUGAGCAUUAGGAUCAGAGAAACGUACACGGACGACUGUAACACGUGUACGUGUAGAGAUGACGGCACUAUCUCCUGUACCGAGGAUAUAUGCUUCUGCACAAGUCCCAGCAAUCAGAGAAUUAAUGUUGGCAAUAAUUACCCAGACGACUGUAACACGUGUACGUGUAGAUCAGACGGAACCUUCGACUGUACAACCAAAGUUUGCAGCUGUACAUUUGGAGGUCAACAGUAUCGUAUCGGAGCUGAUUUCCCUAACGACUGUAACACGUGUGUCUGUAACGAGGGUGGAAAUGUUGUUUGUACCCAGAGAGCUUGUUCCUGCACGCGUCCCAACGGUGCAAGCAUUAGGAUCGGACAAACGUACCCGGACGACUGUAACACGUGUACGUGUAGAGAUGACGGCUCUAUCUCCUGUACCGAACGGCCAUGCUCCUGCACACGUCCCAACGGUGCAAGCAUUAGGAUCGGACAAACGUUCCCGGACAACUGUAACACGUGUACGUGUAGAGAUGACGGCUCUAUCUCCUGUACCGAACGGCCGUGCUCCUGCACGCGUCCAAACGGUGAAAGCAUUAGGAUCGGACAAACGUACGCGGACGACUGUAAUACGUGUACGUGUAGAAAUGACGGCACUAUUUCCUGUACCGAACGGCCAUGCUCCUGCACACGUCCCAACGGUGAAAGCAUUAGGAUCGGACAAACGUACCCGGACGACUGUAAUACGUGUACUUGUAGAGUUGACGGCACUAUCUCCUGUACCAAUGAUAUAUGCUUUUGCACAAGUCCCAGCAAUCAGAGAAUUGAUGUCGGCGAUAAUUACCCAGACGACUGUAACACGUGUACGUGUAGAUCAGACGGAACCUUCGACUGUACAACCAAAGUCUGCAGCUGUACGUUUGGAGGUCAACAGUAUCGUAUCGGAGCUGAUUUCCCUAACGACUGUAACACGUGUGUCUGUAACGAGGGUGGAAAUGUUGUUUGUACCCAGAGAGCUUGUUCCUGCACACGUCCCAACGGUGCAAGCAUUAGGAUCGGACAAACGUACCCGGACGACUGUAACACGUGUACGUGUAGAGAUGACGGCUCUAUCUCCUGUACCCAACGGCCGUGCUCCUGCACGCGUCCCAACGGUGAAAGCAUUAGGAUCGGACAAACGUACCCGGACGACUGUAACACGUGUACGUGUAGAAAUGACGGCACUAUUUCCUGUACGGAACGGCCAUGCUCCUGCACACGUCCCAACGGUGAAAGCAUUAGGAUCGGACAAACGUACCCGGACGACUGUAAUACGUGUACUUGUAGAGUUGACGGCACUAUCUCCUGUACCAAUGAUAUAUGCUGCUGUACGUUUGGAGGUCAACAGUAUCGUAUCGGAGCUGAUUUCCCUAACGACUGUAACACGUGUGUCUGUAACGAGGGUGGAAAUGUUGUUUGUACCCAGAGAGCUUGUUCCUGCACGCGUCCCAACGGUGCAAGCAUUAGGAUCGGACAAACGUACCCGGACGACUGUAACACGUGUACGUGUAGAGAUGACGGCACUAUCUCCUGUACCGAACGGCCAUGCUCCUGCACACGUCCCAACGGUGCAAGCAUUAGGAUCGGACAAACGUACCCGGACGACUGUAACACGUGUACGUGUAGAGAUGACGGCUCUAUCUCCUGUACCGAACGGCCCUGCUCCUGCACACGUCCCAACGGUGAAAGCAUUAGGAUCGGACAAACGUACCCGGACGACUGCUGUACCUUUGGGGGUCAACAGUAUCGUAUCGGAGCUGAUUUCCCUAACGACUGUAACACGUGUGUCUGUAACGAGGGUGGAAAUGUUGUUUGUACCCAGAGAGCUUGUUCCUGCACACGUCCCAACGGUGCAAGCAUUAGGAUCGGACAAACGUACCCGGACGACUGUAACACGUGUACGUGUAGAGAUGACGGCACUAUUUCCUGUACCGAACGGCCAUGCUUCUGCACAAGCCCCAGCAAUCAGAGAAUUGAUGUCGGCGAUAAUUACCCAGACGACUGUAACACGUGUACGUGUAGAUCAGACGGAACCUUUGACUGUACAACCAAAGUCUGCAGCUGUACAUUUGGAGGUCAACAGUAUCGUAUCGGAGCUGAUUUCGCUAACGACUGUAACACGUGUGUCUGUAACGAGGGUGGAAAUGUUGUAUGUACCCAGAGAGCUUGUUCCUGCACACGUCCCAACGGUGAAAGCAUUAGGAUCGGACAAACGUACCCGGAAGACUGUAACACGUGUACGUGUAGAGAUGACGGCACUAUCUCCUGUACCGAACGGCCAUGCUUCUGCACAAGUCCCAGCAAUCAGAGAAUUGAUGUCGGCAAUAAUUACCCAGACGACUGUAACACGUGUACGUGUAGAUCAGACGGAACCUUCGACUGUACAACCAAAGUCUGCAGUAAGUAG